CUAUCAAAAGCCCCACUUUUCGGGCGAGCAAACCGAGGCUCACGGGUAUGGAUGCCAUGGAGCGUUGGCGCGGAAUCUGGGGUCUAGAAAUGGUGGCCUCGCCCUCCUCUCACCGCCUUCUUCCUGGUCGCAGUAAACCCCCGCAGAGAAGGGAGGGAGGAGGCAGGGCCUGGCGGAAGCCCCGGGAGCCGCACCGACGGGCGGAGGGAGCUGCCUGCACUCGGAGAGGCCCGGGCUCGGGCACGUCUGCAGAAAAACCCUUCCCCCGGGGCAGGCGGCGGGGAGGGCGGGGAGGGCGGGGCGGUGCCGCCCCCGGGGCGGGCCCAGUGCGUGGCAGCGGGACCUGAGGCCCCGUCGCGAAGUUUCCAGCCCUGCCAGCGCCGCCGGGUCGGCCGAUAGUCCCCAGAACCCGGCCAUGCGGUCCCUGCUGCUCCUGGCCCUGCUGGGCUGGUUGCUCCUGGCCGAAGCGAAGGGCGAUGCCAAGCCGGAGGACAACCUUUUAGUCAUCACAGUGGCCACUAAGGAGACCGAGGGGUUCCGCCGCUUCAAGCGCUCAGCCCAGUUCUUCAACUACAAGAUCCAGGCGCUUGGCUUGGGGGAGGACUGGAAUGUGGAGAAGAGGACAUCGGCAGGUGGAGGGCAAAAGGUCCGGCUGCUGAAGAAAGCUCUGGAGAAACACGCAGACAAGGAGGACCUGGUCAUUCUCUUCACAGACAGCUAUGAUGUGCUGUUUGCAUCGGGGCCCCGGGAGCUCCUGAAGAAGUUCCGGCAGGCCAGGAGCCAGGUGGUCUUCUCGGCCGAGGAGCUCAUCUACCCAGACCGCAGGCUGGAAGCCAAGUAUCCGGCAGUCUCCGAUGGCAAGAGGUUCCUGGGCUCUGGAGGCUUCAUCGGUUAUGCCCCCAACCUCAGCAAACUGGUGGCCGAGUGGGAUGGCCAGGACAGCGACAGCGAUCAGCUGUUUUACACCAAGAUCUUCUUGGAUCCGGAGAAGAGGGAGCAGAUCAAUAUCACCCUGGACCACCGCUGCCGUAUCUUCCAGAACCUGGAUGGAGCCUUGGAUGAGGUCGUGCUCAAGUUUGAAAUGGGCCACGUGAGAGCGAGGAAUCUGGCCUAUGACACCCUCCCGGUCCUGAUCCAUGGCAAUGGGCCAACCAAGCUGCAGCUGAACUACCUGGGCAACUACAUCCCACGCUUCUGGACCUUCGAGACGGGCUGCACUGUGUGUGACGAGGGCCUGCGUAGCCUCAAGGGCAUUGGGGAUGAAGCUCUGCCCACCGUCCUGGUCGGUGUGUUCAUCGAACAGCCCACGCCGUUCGUGUCCCUGUUCUUCCAGCGGCUCCUGCGGCUCCACUACCCCCGGAAACACAUUCGACUUUUCAUCCACAACCACGAGCAGCAUCACAAGACUCAGGUGGAAGAGUUCCUGGCAGAGCACGGCAGUGAGUACCAGUCUGUGAAGCUGGUGGGCCCUGAAGUGCGGAUGGCAAAUGCAGACGCCAGGAACAUGGGCGCAGACCUGUGCCGGCAGGACCGCAGUUGCACCUACUACUUCAGCGUGGAUGCCGACGUGGCCCUGACCGAGCCCAACAGCCUGCGGCUGCUGAUCCAGCAGAACAAGAACGUCAUUGCCCCACUGAUGACCCGGCAUGGGAGGCUGUGGUCGAAUUUCUGGGGGGCUCUCAGUGCAGAUGGCUACUAUGCCCGCUCCGAGGACUAUGUGGACAUCGUGCAGGGGCGGCGUGUUGGUGUCUGGAACGUGCCCUAUAUUUCAAACAUCUACUUGAUCAAGGGCAGUGCCCUGCGGGCUGAGCUGCAGUCCCCAGAUCUCUUCCACCACAGGAAGCUGGACCCCGACAUGGCCUUUUGUGCCAACAUCCGGCAGCAGGGUGUGUUUAUGUUCCUGACCAACCGGCACGGCCUUGGCCACCUGCUCUCCCUGGACAACUACCGCACCACCCACCUGCACAACGACCUCUGGGAGGUGUUCAGCAACCCCGAGGACUGGAAGGAGAAGUACAUCCAUGUGAACUACACCAAGGCCCUGGCGGGGAAGCUGGUGGAGACGCCCUGCCCGGAUGUCUACUGGUUCCCCAUCUUCACGGAAGAGGCCUGCGACGAGCUGGUGGAGGAAAUGGAGCACUUUGGCCAGUGGUCUCUGGGCGACAACAAGGACAACCGCAUCCAGGGUGGCUACGAGAACGUGCCGACCAUUGACAUCCACAUGAACCAGAUCGGCUUUGAGCGGGAAUGGCACAAGUUCCUGCUGGAGUACAUUGCGCCCAUGACCGAGAAGCUCUACCCCGGCUACUACACCAGGGUGGGCAAGCCUGGGCAUAGCUAG